UGCCUUUUUAGGGCCUCAGCUCCACCUUCCUUGUGAGUGCACAUCGCUGCAAUAAUUCGCUUUGGUGGGUUGCUUCUACUCGAACUUUUUUUCCUACGUUUUGACAUUCAGACUUCUUUCUCCCCGUCCUUCUUUUUUUUUUCGUCAACCACCCCGAAUCCUCUCAUACUCGACGACCAAAAUGUCGCACCGUAAGUAUGAGGCGCCGCGUCACGGCUCGCUCGCCUUCCUGCCCAGGAAGCGGGCCGCCCGCCACAGAGGAAAGGUCAAGUCGUUCCCCAAGGACGACCCCAAGAAGCCCGUCCACCUGACGGCCGCCAUGGGCUACAAGGCCGGCAUGACGACCAUCGUCCGCGACCUCGACCGCCCCGGCGCCAAGUCCCACAAGAAGGAGGUGGUCGAGGCCGUUUCCAUUAUUGACACCCCACCUAUGAUCGUUGUUGGUCUGGUUGGCUACAUCGAGACCCCCCGCGGUCUCCGUUCGCUUACUACCGUGUGGGCUGAGCACCUGAGCGACGAGCUCAAGCGCCGGUUCUACAAGAACUGGUACAAGAGCAAGAAGAAGGCCUUCACCAAGUACGCCAAGAAGCACUCGGAGAGCAAGGGCGCAUCCAUCACCCGCGAGAUUGAGCGCAUCAAGAAGUACUGCACCGUCGUCCGCGUGCUGGCACAUACCCAGAUCCGCAAGACGCCACUGAAGCAGAAGAAGGCGCACCUGAUGGAGAUCCAGAUCAACGGCGGUUCGGUUGCCGACAAGGUUGAGUUCGGCCACGGCCUGUUCGAGAAGCCCGUCUCGAUCGACACCAUCUUUGAGCAGAACGAGGUGAUCGACGUCAUCGCCGUCACCAAGGGCCACGGCUUCAACGGCGUCACUUCGCGUUGGGGUACCAAGAAGCUGCCGCGCAAGACUCACAAGGGUCUGCGUAAGGUCGCCUGUAUCGGUGCUUGGCAUCCGUCCCACGUCCAGUGGACCGUCGCCCGUGCCGGUCAGAUGGGUUACCACCACCGUACCUCGGUCAACCACAAGGUUUACCGUAUCGGCAAGGCCGACGCCGAGGACAGCGCGGCGACCGAGCUCGAUGUUACCAAGAAGAAGAUCACCCCAAUGGGUGGCUUCGUCCGCUACGGCGAGGUCAACAACGACUUCGUCAUGGUCAAGGGCUCGAUUCCCGGCACCAAGAAGCGUGUUAUGACUCUGCGCAAGUCCAUGUUCAUCCACACUUCGCGGAAGGCUCUGGAGAAGGUCGAGCUCAAAUGGAUCGACACUUCGUCCGAGUUCGGACACGGUGCGUUCCAGACGCCGGCCGAGAAGAAGCAGUACCAGGGCACGCUCAAGAAGGACCUUGUUGCCAGCUCGUAAGGUUUGGCUGGUUGGUUUUUGUACAGUCCUUCUUCCUGGGUUUUGUUUCUGGCAUUUGGCGUCGACGGUUUGAUCUGGUUUGCUAUUGGGAUGGGCCAGGUUUGGUCUCAUGAAGGGAAUCCCGUCCGGAAUCCUCGGGCUUAGCAAAAGCAAUUCAUUUGAUGGGAAUCAAGACCAUUUUCCACCGUCGAAGA